AUGAGUUCGAAUAAUAAAGACUCGUCAUCUGACUUGCUCGCUGCCAAAACCCCUGACACCACUGCCAAUGGCACCACUGCUGCCGGCCAGAAUGGCGCCUCGCAGGUGUCUUUGCCCACCUCCAAUUCCGAGUCACAAAAUGGAGGCUCUAUGCUGCAGGCGUGGGCAACGGCGCCCGCCUCGUCGGACCCGUGGUCAGCGGCCAAAGCCACCUUAUCGCCUCGUUAG